GCUAAGCAUCUUGGGAAGAAGAAGGUGCUGAAGACCAACAACCAUUUUUCAUGUGAAAUGUGCAAGUACUUGAAUUGUUUGCAAAACCUAUUUAGCAAACAGAUUAUCAUCGGGAAUCUCUUACAUCUUUUUUAAAUUUCGUGACAACCAUUGAAAUGGGAGCUGAUAAGCGGGUGAGUCGCACAGAGCGUAGCGGCAGAUACGGUGGGAACAAUCAGGGCCGGGGUGAGAGGCGAGAGCGAGGAGACCAGGAACGAGAGCACGUCACGCGACGCUGGGGUGAAGAGAGACGCAUCGAACGCUACGAUGGAGGGGAACACCGGGGGAACAGAGCCAGUCCAGAGCAGAGAGACAGGAAGCGGCGGAACAACGAUGGAGCUGAAGAAGGCUACCACUCUGAUGGAGACUACCCGGAGCAGGACUACAGGGGGGAGCCAGGGGAGGAGAAGGAGAGUAAAACCAUCAUGCUCCGGGGCCUGUCUCUUCACGUCACAGAGGGAGAUAUCCGAGCUGCCCUGGACCAGCUGGAGGGACCCCAGCCAAUAGAUAUCCGGUUGAUGAAGAAGAGGACAGGUGAGACCCAGGCGUUCCACGGAGUCCCUCCUUUCCCCCGCCGUCUUUGACCACAGGGCCAAUCUGCUUCAAUUGGCUUCAGUUUUGCCAUAGCAACAUAAAAAAUCUGAAAUCGUUAUGAAUUAAUGUCAAAAGCGAAGAAACAAUCUUUUACGUUCUGUUUAGAUGUGGAGCGAAAAGGUAAGUAAGAGCAUCAGCCAGUCAAGCGCUGUUUCAAAUGAAAGAAUAAAAUAAUGCAUAUAGGCACACUGAGGGUGCACGUUCCAGUGUCAUCCUGCAGGAUUUCUUGCUAUGGCAAAACCCAAAAUGAAGGGCCCACUGUUUGCCAUAUUGGGUCCUGAAGCAGUUUGUGACAGAGUUUGAAUGUUGUGCCCAUGGACUCUGACUAACACUCCUCCCGUCUAUAUUUGAAUGCUGUCUCUAGGUAUAAGCAGAGGUUUCGCCUUCGUGGAGUUUUAUCACUUGCAAGAUGCUACCCGAUGGAUGGAGACCAAUCAGGUUGCUUCACAAUCGCCAAGUCUAGUUUUUACCUUGGAGAUCUGGGAGAGAAAAAAAAAGAGAACCAAAUGGCAACCAAAGUGAACUGAAUAAGAACAAAAAAUGAUUUGAAGGAAAUGUGGAUUUAAGUUGGAAUUUAGUUGGAGAAUACUAUAUUGUAAUCUUAAUAUGGUAUCCAUAAAGACUGCAUGGUUUUAGGGGUUUAUUUAACCUUUACUGAUAAUUCUUUAAUCUCACCGCCCCUCCCCCCAUAUUUUCAGGGUGUAAGACUAAGGUUUUAAGACGUUCGACGUCAAUAGAAUUGAGCCAUGUAGCCUAAUUUAACGGAAACUUACCUUAAAACACUUUGAGAUUAUAGUACCUUGCAAUCUGACUGGUAAGAUAACUCAGGAAGACAUUUUUCUGAUAAAAGAUAGUCAUAGGCCAUCGGGGAAAAUAAGGAAUUCUGGCUCCUAGCCUACUGUCCUCCAAAUUUGAGCACUUACUUGUCAGUUGAUGUUUUUUUUUUCUUUUUAGUGAUUGAUUCAUGCUGUACUUCUUAGCUAAUUUAAUUUGUCUGUUGGAAGCACAUCCCUGGUUCUAGGGAAGCCGAUCAAAGUAUCUCUAUCAUGUUAGCAUACACUCUGCUCCGGCUCAGUCUGGACACUCGGGUCCCAAACACCUUAAGAACCCUCUGUACACAAGCUCACAUACACAUCCUUCCGUCUGUCUUUGACACAAGCGCCAACCGGGGGUCCCUUUCCCCCUUCCCUCCUUGCCAACACUGCUUGUAUUUUGGGUGCAGCUAGAGUGAGACCUGCACCAGCCAAGAAACCUUGAAAUGACCAACAUUUUGUCCCCCCUCUUACAGAAACUCCUGGUCAUCCAAGGCAAGAGUGUGGCCAUGCACUACAGCAACCCCCGGCACAAGUUUGAAGACUGGCUCUGCAACACUUGCGGCCUGUACAAUUUCCGGAGGAGGCUGAAGUGCUUCAGGUGCGGAGCAUCCAAAACUGAGUGUGAAACCAACACCACUGGAGUCCGAGAGACCCAGCAGAGCGGAGACUACUACGGCGACACGAUCAUCCUUAGGAACAUCGCCCCCCUUACCACUGUGGAGGCCAUCAUGACUGCCCUGGCCCCCUACGCCAACCUUUCAACCAGCAACAUCCGUCUCAUCAAGGACAAACAGACGGGCCAGAACAGAGGCUUCACCUUCGUACAGCUUUCCUCCCCUCUGGAGGCUUCUCAGCUCCUAACUAUCUUACAAGGACUGCAGCCCCCUCUCAAGCUGGAUGGGAAGACCAUCGGUGUGGACUAUGCCAAGAGUGCCAGGAAGGAUCUCUUGCUCCCAGACUGUAACCGGAUCAGUGCCUUCUCUGUGGCCAGCACAGCCAUCGCUGCUGCCCAGUGGUCCUCCAGCCAGCCACAGCAGGGUGCUGAAGGACAGCUGUCGGAGUACAGCUACCUAGAGGAGGGCUACGUUCCCUACACACAGGACUACCAGGCCUACUACCAGCAGGCAGCAGGAGACCUCUCACAGGGGAAUGGAAUACUGGGAGCGGCGCCAGCUGCUACAGGAGUGGUGAUCUCACAGGUUGCACAGGUCUACCAACCCCGACUUAUCAGUCACACUGCCACACAGGCACUGCAAUUGGCCCAGCAACUGGAAGCAAAACAGACCGGAGUUCACUCUGCAGCUGCAACCACUACAGCGCCGGUUUCCACAGCAACAGCGACACUCUCUGGACUGGCCACAGACACUGUUGUUCCCGACACUUCCACCUACCAGUAUGACGAGUCCUCGGGCUACUACUUCGACCCUGAAACUGGCCUCUACUACGACCCAAAUACCCAUUACUACUAUAAUUCCCAAACACAGCAGUACCUGUACUGGGACAGCGAGAAGCAGACUUACGUCCCUGCCUCAGCCGCCGACCAAACUGAGCAGACGGCAAACGCAGCAGCAGCUAGCAAAGAAGCUAAGGAAUCCAAGGAGAGGAAACAAGAGAAGCCCAAGAGCAAGACGGCUCAACAGAUUGCUAAGGACAUGGAGCGCUGGGCGAAGAGUCUGAACAAGCAGAAGGAGAACUUCAAAAGCAGCUUCCAGCCCGUCAGCCAGGAGGAGAGGAAAGAGGCCGCGGCCGCCGACGCAGGCUUCACACUCUUCGAGAAGAAGCAGGCUGGAAGCUUGGAAAUGCUCAUGUCAGAAGCAGUGCAGCGCCCAGAGGAGCAGGCCCCAACCAACUCAGCCAAGGUUGGUCUGGUGGCAGCCUACAGUGGGGACAGUGACCCAGAGGAGGGGGGUGCAGCAGAGCCGGAGCGCGAUGGUGGUGAGCAGGGCCAGGAUCAGCUGACAGACUGGAAGAAGAUGGCCUGCCUGCUGUGUAGGAGACAGUUCCCCAAUAAGGACGGCCUGGUGCGCCACCAGCAGCUCUCUGACCUUCACAAGCAAAACCUGGAGGUCCACCGCAGAUCUAAGCUGAGUGAGGCUGAGCUGGAAGAGCUGGAGAGGAAAGAGACCGAGAUGAAGUACAGAGACCGGGCUGCGGAGAGGAGAGAGAAAUACGGCAUCCCUGAACCCCCAGCACCCAAAAAGAAGAAAUUCACAGCACAGCCAGCACCAGUCGUUAACUAUGAGCAACCCACCAAAGACGGUCUGAACAGUGACAACAUUGGGAACAAGAUGCUGCAGGCCAUGGGAUGGCAGGAAGGCAGAGGUCUGGGCCGCAACCAGCAGGGCAUCACUGCACCUAUUGAGGCCCAGCUGAGGGCGAAGGGAGCUGGUCUGGGAACCAAAGGCAGCAGCUACGGCCUUUCUGCCUCAGACACUUACAAAGACGCUGUCCGCAAAGCCAUGUUUGCCCGCUUCACUGAAAUGGAGUGAUUUGUCAAAUAUACCUGCCUCCCAAGAACAACCAUAUCCUACUGACCUGGUGCUAUGUUCCCUGGGUUUCUGUGUGGGGGAAAUCACUGUCCCCGGGCAUCUUAACAUCUCUCCCUACAUUCAUCCAUAAACUGACGCCUUGAGAUAAAGGGAUUGUAAUGGCAGCAUGGGGAAGUUGCAGAGAUUACAUGCUUUAUUAAGGGGGAUUGGAGGGAAGGCCUUCCUUUGCUAAAAGAUGUGCGUUUCUUUGGAUUAAUUUCUGAGUGCAGUCACGUUGUCAUCAGUCUGCUAGAGAAUAGGAAAACGGAGAAAGGACUUGUCUAUUGGAGAAAUGUGAAACUAUGAAUUAUGUAGGUUAUGAUUUGUAUAUAUUUUAUUGUGUAAGAAUUUGAAGAUGGGCACAUUCUUUCCCCACCCCCCCUUUUUGCUGUGGAAAUAGUAUUUUGUUGGCAUGUAAUAAAUGUACAGUUUGUAUGGUAUGCGUUCUCAUUUUGUACAGAAAAUAUUAAAUGAGAUUGAUCAACCAA